AUGGAGGAGGAAGAGGAGGACAACUUCACCGCCAUGGUUGAUGAUGACGACGAGCUUGUGCUUGAGUUGGUCUCCAUAAAGGAGGCCGAAGGAUCUCGUCGUAGGAAUAACAGGCCCCCCAAAGAAAUCCGGCCACGAGACCAUGGUUCCGGGGAUAUGAGGAUCCGCCUGGACUACUUCUGCGAGAAGCCUGUGUACAAUGAUUUUCAGUUUCGUAGAAGGUUCCGGAUGCGACGACAUGUGGUGGAGCGCCUAGUCGAAGCCGUCACGGCCGUCGACCCAUACUUCAUGUACAAAUACGACGCACUACAUCAGACACCCUUGACGGGUCUUCAGAAGGCAUGUAUAAUAAUGCACAACAUGAUUGUCGAAGAUGAAGGGCCAGGUGCACGAAACACAAGCUUCGAUCGAGUAGGACAGCUUGCCGUCCCAUACCGCAACACUCAAGAAAGGAACGAGUUCAUUCAGGCACAGCACAGGCUCCGGAACAGGACUGCACAUCACCAACUGCAGUACGAUCUCAUUGAGCACCAGUGGGCAAGGUUGGGAGUCAAUGCAGAGUAG